AUGAGAGUUUCCACAUUAGUUUUAUCCACAUCUAUAAUCCCAAUUGCUACUGCACUUAACAUUUCCCCUUUCCAUAAUAUCGAAAAGAAAGAUAUACUUGCUGACGCUGCUUCUGCAGCAGGGGGUGCAGCUGCUGCUGUCACAUCUGGUGCUGUCGGUGCUGCUAAUACUGUUGCCUCAGGUGCCGCCGGUGCUGCUGAUACUGCCACCUCAGGUGCUGCCGGUAUUGCAAACACUGUUGCUUCUGGUGCCGCCGGUGCUGCUGAUACUGCCACUUCUGGUGCCGCCGGUGCUGCUAAAACUGCCACCUCAGGUGCCGCCGGUGCUGCUGAUACUGCCACUUCUGGUGCUGUUGGUGCUGCAAAAACUGCUACUUCUGGUGCUGCUGGUGCUGCUAAAACUGCUACUUCUGGUGCUGCUGGUGCUGCCCUGGGUGCUGAAACCGCUGCUGGUGCUGCCGCCCUGGGUGCCGAAACAGCUGCUGCUGGACAAGAAACUUCUGGUGCAGGAAGCUUAGUUGGUGGUCUGGGCUCAUCUAAUAGUACAAGUCCCUCUGGUGGCUCAGGUUCAUCUAAUGGUACAAGUUCAGGCUCAGGCUCCGGCUCCGGAGCUGGUGUCGGUUCUGGUUCAGGCAGUGGUUCAGGAUCUAGAGGUAGCAUUACUGGAAACUCAGUUGCUACUGGUGCUAGCUCUGGUCCAGCAGGUUUAGGCAUUUCCUCUUCUAUUAGUCAAUCUACCACUAGACAAUUGCAGACUUCUGGUUCCUCAAAUUCAAGUAGCUCAGCUGGUAUGGGUAAUGUUGUGGUCGGAAUGAAUGCUGUUGCCUUAGCAGCAUUGGUUUUGAUUUAA